AGAAACGCGAAGAUAACUCGCGAUCGAGAGAGCGACGUCUCCAAUUCCUUGAAUACCAGUAUUACAGUUUAGUUAUUAUAUCUCUUCUCCAGUAGUUUGUGAUUGAAGUUUUCCAAGGCCAAGCAGAUGUCUUCAGUCAUGCAUGAAUCGCUGAGCGACAAGGUGGCGAUGUUUAACCAGUACGCCAAUAAGCACAAAGACACCCAGAGCAAAAAUCCAUUCACCUCAGGCCUGAACCUUGAGAAACAGAAAUUCUCAAAGGAGGAGUAUGGCAGACCGCAGGCUGGGUCUCUGACUGACAUCCGUGGCCGGAAAGCCACGGCGCACAUCUUGAAGGAGGUGCUCGAACUCUGCCAGAUCAUUCAUACCGAGGGCACACCGUGCCGGGACCACCCAGAGAUCAUCGCGAUCACGUUCGGCGAUUUAUUUAAUAUCUACACCCACAUCAGCGACAAAUGCGUCGGUCUUCUGUUGAGGGCCAGGAAACAGAAAUUCGUCGACUUCGAAGGCGAGGUUCUCUUCCAGAGGCGGGACGACGACGUGCCAAUUUUCCUGAUAAAGCCGAUCCAGGAGAUCCGCGAAUUGUGCAACCAGCGAGUACAAGAGAUCGCGUUGCAGACGCAGAUGACUUAACGUUAAUUGAUCUUCCGCUCACCAACGAAUAAUUCCAUUGCGGAGAUCCUGUUAAUCGCGUUACCCUGUAUUUAUUGUCACGCCGUUAUUACGUAACGCGAGCCUCGUUGUAUAGUUUCUAAUUUUUAUUCGAGUAUGCCUGAGACGAGAAUGACUGAGGCUGAGUCAGCGUUGAUCGUUGAGAGCAAAUACAAUUAUAUGUAUUAUGUGAUAUCUAUAGAUUUAGAAUAAAGAAGUUUUUUUUAAAAAAAAAGUAA